AUGGCUCCUGUGCCUACCAGGAAGCACUUGCUCUAUCUCCUGCCUCUUUUACCAACUUUCACACCAACCGAGAACGCAAGCGUUUACCUGGGCUCCAUCCUUGGACGGCGAACGGGUCGCGCAGGCUUCCGGCCUCCUCCUCCCCGGGGUUUGGCUCCAAGGCUCCCACAGAAUCUCGAAAUCACCCCGGAUCGGCGCGGCCACCGAGGGAAGCAGCCCGGCUCUGAACAAGCCCAGGGAACUGGGCGGGAGCGCUGCAACCACCCGAGUCACGUCGGGGUGGGGUGUGCGCUAGGACAGAAGACCGGGGUGCCGCGGCGGGGCGCGCUGCCGGGGCACCGAGCGCGCUCCGCCGUGGAGCCGGUCCCCCAUAGGCAUCGGGUCCCGGCCCCUCCACCGCUGCCGCCUGCGGGGACUGGUGCGUCCUCUGCGACAGCGCGGACAGCGCGGCGCCCCUCGUCUCCUCCCGGGGCGCGCUCCCGGAGCCGACGACCGGACUCCAUGGCCAUCGCGACUCUUCCGGGAGCUUCUCGCCGCUCCGCGGCGGGACCGAAGCCCAGGCGGGCCGAGGGGGGCCUGUCCCCGGAGGCACAAAUGCGGACGCGGCGAGGCGCCGGGCAGCCCUUGAGAGCCACCAAAACGCCUUGACCUGGCCGGCUGACAGAUGAAGGAGUACAUUUGGGAGACUCCAGACUCUGGUAACUAGAGGACUUGAAAUAAGAUUUAUAUCCACUUUUCCAUUCAGAGGCCAAACCACAUUCAGGCCUCUUUUUUACCCCCCUUAAUCAUGUUUGUGUAAGUGAGGACUGGUUUAUAAAGGCAUCUCCAUAUGUCAGUCUGUCUCA